AGUUUCCAGUAUAGUUCGCUGUCAAUUAUGAAAACUUCCUCUUAUAAAGAUGCUGCAUUCACGGCGUAAAAAACAUAAUGUCCACACCGGUCGAGGAUGUUAGCUAAUAACAAUAAUAAUAAUAAUGCCAUAUCACUGCUAGUUUGGCUGCUUUGUAUGUGGACCACAACAGGGUUCGCUACGAACGCUGCGUUAGACUAUGACCAAAUUCACAUCCUUGGCCUCUGCGACUCGGACAUUUACAAAGAUUGCGUCGACGCCUUCACCAAUUUUUUACCCAACAGUGACACCGUGGGACCUUUUCAGACGUUUUAUUAUAACUGGUCGGUGAUUAAGGCCAAAAAGGAUUUCGCUACUGGACUACGAGAGAUGGACGGUGUGUGCAGCAAAUAUACAUACCACGUGAUGGUAGCUUUCGGUUUAACACCGACAAUGAUGACAGCAGCGCUGACAGCUGACACGUUCAACAUAACGCUUUUGGCUUAUGACACGACGCCUGGACACAUUUUGACCCUGGAAAACUCCAUGAUGGUCCAAAUGAACAGAUCGCCAUAUUACUCAGGAGAAGCUAUGGCGCUGCUCUUGAGCCGAUUCGGCUACUAUUGGGUUAGCUUUAUUUAUCAAGACACCUAUUUGGAAGACGGAUUCUACACUAGGUUUCUGGAAGAAGGAGGAUUAUACGGUAUUAGAACGCAGAUGAAUGUAAGCGUUUCCCACGCCGAUAAUUGGAUGAUAUUACAAGAUAAACUGAAAAAAAUUCAACAAAGUGCCUUCAAAAUUGUUGUUAUACACUGCGACGUGUUCCUUAUGAAGCGUGUGGUUCAAAUAGGAAAACUCCUUAAUCUUUUCUCGCACAAUUAUGCCUGGUUUUUAUCUGAUUUUGCCACUGAACACAAUCAAUUGGCCGAUUAUAGUUUACCUGUCGGUCUUGUGGGUCUUGAGAGAUCGAGGCCGUUCGGUUAUGUAACGCAGUUGGAGAAUAUACUUCGGACUAUAGUCCAGCAUUUCCAGUCUGACGGUAUAUCAGAUUUAGGAUAUCAGGAAUUCUCGCUAAGUGACGUUGUAAAUGAUUCAUAUAUUUUCAAUACCAGUUCUGUAAGAUGGUCAAGAGAACUGAGGCUGAGCCUUGAAUCCAGUGGAGAAAUACUGGAUUAUACCCAAGACAGCACCAAUUAUACUUUCCGAAUAUUAAAUUUAGUCAAAGAUCUAAAAGGGACAAAAAUAUGGAAAUUUGUUGGAGCAGUCGAUAAUUUCUAUGUAAAUUUAAGCACGGUGGCUGAACUUCCGGGUCGGCGGGAGAAUGCUACGCACCGUUUUCGCAAACUUUAUAGCAUCAUUACCAAAGUUUCACCACCAUUUAUCAUGCAAAAAGAGGCCUUUUCCGAAGAUGGUGACUGCUAUUCGUACGUGCCAUGUGUUCAGGUAGCCAAUGAAAGUGAUGUUGAUAAUGCAUUCGAAGACUACUUGCUUACUAAUCGAUACGAUCAUGACAAAUUCAGUGUUUCUUGCUGCACAGGAGUGACCAUAGAUAUCUUGGUCAAGCUGGCGACGGACAUGGAAUUUGAUUUCAUCCUCUUCUUUCUCAAAGAACCUUUCGAUGGAAACUACACGUAUGAUUCAGGAAGUUGGAAUGACACGUUAAUGUACCUGGAAGAUGACAGAGUCGAUAUAGUGGCAGGACCGCUCAGUAUAACAGUAGAACGGGUAAGGUAUAUCACAUUCACUGAGGUGUAUUUUUACACUGGCUUCUCCAUGAUUACCAUGAGGCGAGAGCGUGAAACUUCCAUGGACGCCUUUCUAAUGCCUUUUUCCGUGGAGGUAUGGAUCGGCAUAGUGAUAAGUGCCACAGUUACUGCCGUAGCAACAUCGUUGUUCGAGUGGAACAGUCCAUUUGGACUCAACCCUAAGGGGAGAAAACGGGAUCGCAACUAUACCCUCGGUUCAGCACUCACUAUGGUUUAUUCAGUGCUUUUUGGUCAUAUCGUGCGCACCAAAUCCCCUAAAAGUUGGCCAGGAAAAGUACUUCAGAACUUCUGGGCAGGUCUUGCAAUUUUUAUGAUUGCAAGUUACACUGCUAAUUUAGCUGCAUACCUGGCAGGCCGCUCCGAGCAGUCGGAUUUGCUAAACAUAAAUGACGAACGGUUGCGAACAAUGCAAGUGGCUACCUUAGAAUACGGUGCUGCCAAAUAUUUCCUUUCCAAAAUCAACCCUAGCCUUUACAAUAGCUUGAAAAUGUCUGUGGAAUCUAUAGAAGAGGCCUUGCAGAAAUUAAAAUCAAAUGAAAUUGAAGUCUUUAUACACGACACAUAUCUCCUAAAAUUUGCCAUUUCUCGGCUUGAUGAUAAUUGCGCAAUUUCCUUUGCUGGAGAUAGCUUCGGUGAAGAUGGGUAUGCGUUCGGUCUGAAGAAGGGUUCAAAAUUAACGAAUCGGUUAUCAGACAAAAUAUUGACGUAUACGUCCAGUGGAUUUAUUGAAGGACUCACAAAAAAGUAUUUUGCACAUAAAGGAUGUGAUAUGCAGAGGGCACACACGCUUGAGAUAAAGUAUGGUCCGCAACAUACAGCCGGGUUAUUUGUCUUGCUUUUGGUAGCUGUUACCCUUUCAAUCUUUCUUAUGAUGGGAGAAUACGUUUUUUUCAAGUACCUUAUUCCUGUUUUGAGGAAGAAGCCUGCCUGUAGUCGAUGGAGAAGUAUCAAUAUUAUGUUUCUAAGUCAGCGGAAAGGAGUGAAAGAUGUUUAUGUCUUAGGAAAGAGCAUUGAAAGCGUAAGACAAAUAAAACUGGCUUCAAUCUUCAACAUAACUAGCAUCGCCGACUCCACCAAUGCGAUCUUCUAA